GCUGUUAAAUACAGCUCCAGAACAUAUCAUCUUCACUGUGCUCCAGCAGGGAAUCAGAAGAGGGAGUGAACAGCUACAAAAACACAAAAGAAUACCAGUAAGCAGAAGAAGCAGCACGCUGCAAAACACGUAGGUGUGGACAUGUUGUUCUUCUGCUUGCUGCUCGCGGUUAUAAUAAAUGCCUCAGCCGCCAACCCCCGAUCGCGGGAAUGGGCUCACCACGGGUCCUCCAUCUUCGCCGACCUCACCUCCGAGGAGAUGCGUGUAGUACGUGACUACCUAUCGUCCCGUAAGGAGCUGGGCCUCUCGCCAGCCAAGGGCAAGGAGCUGAAGAAGAACAGCAUCCUGCUGAUCGAGCUGCAGCUGCCCCGAAAAGAGGAGGCACUACGGGCGCUAGACCGGGGCCAUGCCAAACCCCCCCGCCAGGCCCGGGUCGUGGUUCAGUUUGGCCGGCAGCUGCAGCCCAACAUCACCGAGUACAUUGUGGGGCCGCUGCCAUUCCCCAACUCCUACCAGGUCAGGACCUUCAGGAGCAACCGGCCAAUCAAAUUUGAAUCACGGCCAAUUUCCUUGGUGGAGUACGCAUACUUGGAUGCCAUGUUGAAGAAGAUUACUGCCAAGGCGCACCAACUACUUGAGGAGAGCACGGGUUUCACUUUCAAUAACUGUACUGACCGCUGUCUGACCUUUUCUGACAUUGCUCCCCGGGGACUAGCCUCGGGUGAAAGAAGGACCUGGAUAAUGCUGCAGAAGUUCGUGGAAGGGUACUUCAUCCACCCGGUGGGCUUCGAGGUCCUCAUCAACCACCGUGACCUGGACCCAGAAAACUGGACAGUGGAGAAAGUGUGGUACAACGGGCAGUACUUUGACAGCGUGGACGACCUGGUCGAGCGCUACGACAAUGGCGACCUGCUGAAACUGAAGCUCCCGGAGCACGACGAGCAGGACCUGUAUUCUACUUACAUCCCACGUGGCCGCAGCAACACACCGACGGACAUCCAUGGGCCAAAACUGGUAGAGCCACAGGGGCGACGCUACCGCGUGGACAAGAACUUUGUGGAGUAUGCCGGUUGGUCCUUCGCCUACCGAGUGCGCUCCUCUGCUGGACUCCAGAUUUUCGACCUUCGCUUCAAUGGCGAGAGGAUCGCCUAUGAAAUCAGCCUGCAGGAGGCCAUUGCCUUCUACUCGGGGCACACCCCGGCGGCCAUGCAGACCAAGUACAUUGAUGCUGGUUGGGCCAUGGGCACCGUGACCUACGAGCUGGCCCCGGGGAUCGACUGUCCCGAAAUAGCUACCUUCCUGGACCUUCACCACUACUACGACACGGACAAACCAGUGCUGCACAAGAAUGCGCUCUGCAUUUUCGAGAUGACCACCGCCAUGCCCCUCAGGCGACACUUCAACAGCAACUUCCAUGGAGGCUACAACUUCUUCGGGGGUCUGGAAAACCAUGUCUUGGUGAUCCGGACCACGUCUACAGUCUACAACUACGAUUACAUCUGGGACUUCUACUUCUACCAGAACGGGGUGAUGGAGUCACGGGUCAGCGCCACUGGCUACAUCCACGCCACGUUUUUCACGCAGGAAGGGCUUCACUAUGGGAACAAGGUCUACAGCUAUGUGCUGGGCAACCUGCACACUCAUCUUAUUCAUUACAAGGUGGACCUGGACAUUUCUGGCCGGGAAAACAGCUUCGAGACGAUGAGCCUGAAGUUUGAGAACUUCACCAACCCGUGGAGCCCCAACCACACCAUCAUGCAGUCGCGGCUCGUGCGCACGCAACGACCCACGGAGCGAAGUGCCGCGUUCCGCUUCGGAAAGAAGAUGCCACGCUACCUGCACUUCUACAACCCCAACGAGUCUAACAAAUGGGGUCACAAGAAGGGCUAUCGCAUCCAGUUCAACUCCCACGCCCACAGCGUACUGCCCCGAGGCUGGCAGGAGGAAAACGGCAUCAGCUGGUCUCGGUAUCCCCUGGCAGUGACGAGGCACAAGGACAGUGAGGCAACCAGCAGCAGCAUCUACACUCAGAAUGACCCCUGGGAGCCUGUGGUAUCCUUUGAGGAUUACCUGCGCAACAAUGAAGACAUUGUCAACCAGGACCUCGUUGCCUGGGUGACUGUAGGCUUCCUGCACAUCCCACAUUCGGAAGACAUCCCCAAUACGGCCACACCCGGCAAUGCCGUGGGCUUCUUCCUGCGGCCCUUCAACUUCUUCGACGAGGACCCAUCCCUCCUCUCCCGUAAUACGGUCAUCGUGCGGCCCGGUAAAGAGGGCAAGCCAGAAGUGCAGCGAUGGACCUCUGAGACUGUAGGUCACUGUGUCUCAGACAAACCUUUUUUCUACAAUGGCACAUACGUCGGAAUCUGAGCUGCGAGUCCUCCAGACGUCCUAUAAGGGAACCACAAAUAUCUAAACCGUAAAUUAUGCUGGACUGAAUCUGCUGGAAUCAAACUCAGCUCAAGCUCAGAUGUAAAUACUUUCCAGGCUCUGUGUGUUGAGUUCUGGGACCUGUAUCACAAGGGAAGAUUUCUUGGUUAGAUAGAUAACUUAUCAAAUUUAAGGUAACCCAGUUUAAAUGGACUUCUGAUUAUCUUAUGUUCACUUACAUUUAACCCAGACUACCUUAAAUCCAACAAGUUAUCCAGCUUCAUGAUACAGGGCUCUGUUUUGUUUUUUGUAAUGCAAACUUCAUCUACAUUCUGUGAAAGAAGCAAAACAUCCAUCACAACUUGUUGUACUAAAUUUUACAUAUCUGUACUGAUUUCCCAUUGGUAUUGGUAUUGUAUUGGUUUACAAAAUGCUCAUUUGGUGUUUAAAUAAAUUACUGUGGAGAA